GCUACUGCUGGACCAAGCAGGCCGGAAAAGUCGAACCAACCCUGCCAGUACGGAUUUCGACUCGUCCCGGGCAAGUAACGAAAAUUCGGCAACCGUAAUCGCGCGAACAACUGGGGGGCCCGUGUGUGUGCAUCCAGUUUCUGUCCCCUUCUCAUAUAUGUACCUACUGUAAGGGUCAGUGCAGGCCAGUCAAGACGGACUUUUCUUCCUUCGGUGUUCUGAGUUCUUCAUCCGUACGUUUGCGGCCUGCCUGCUGCCGGAAUCUACGGAUCUGUUUGGGAGUCGGGUGAUAAGAUCUGGGACCCCCGGCGAGAAAGGGGUAAGCCUGGUUAAUACGCGCGCGUUUCUACGACACGGGCUUGCCCCAGGGGGCAUUAGAGAGGUUGGAUUUCGGGUUCAGGCGAAGGAAGUCGAGGCGCGGAAGCCACGGGUAUCGCUUAGUGGCGUUUGGGAUGUUUUCCGGUGUUUCACCUGGCUGCGUCUUCCGUCGCUCGCUGCCGCUGCCGCCGCCGCCGUAGGAUGGGAGAUGAAGAUUAAGCGUCGUCGAAAGAGACAGCGGAGUUCGAUACCGUGAAAAAGUGCCGAAGUUUCGAUUCAAAGGCCACCGCGUUACCUGUGCGGUUGUGUGUGCUGUGUGUCUACUAGGUACAGGAGACGAAGAGGCAUUAAGAAGCUGUUGACGGGAUGAUGCAAAGAUGACUGUCGUGCCGUGAAUAAGUAAUGAUAUUGAACCACAGUGAGUGGCGCUCGGUGGUUGAAGUCGAAAGCUCUGCGACUGUUUUCGGCAUCGGUGCUCGUGUAGAUUACGGAGUUUGUUUGGAGGUUUGUGGGGAUUGAGGAGAUUGUUUGGCCGGAUGCCGUUGAUAAAUAUGUUUUGUGCCAGUGCGUGACGAAGUGGAAGUUCUUGAAAAGCAGAGAUAUUCGAUCGGAUCGUGACGAUUAUCCGGCGUUGGGAGUGUUUCGGAAUGCAAAUAGACGACGAAUCCCUCUUAGCCGCGGGCGAGUUGUGAACCCAACAGAAUUCCACAAGAAAAUAAAACGGAAUCUCGGACGUGAAACAGACAUGUUACCAUUUUCAUCCAGUAAUCAAACGGUGGGGAGGAAAUUGGUUUUCAGAUACUGCUUCAUUCAACGGAGAAGGCUUCUGGUCUUGAAUUAAACUGCUGCGGCUGCCGAAUCUAGCCGGAUCCUUCUUCAUCCGACUGAGCCGGGGGUAGGGCGUAAAUCCUCCAAAAACCCAUUUUCCCAGACAGUGAGUGAUUUGCCUGGGCUCGGUUCGCAGAAGAAUAACAACAACAACAACAACAAUUGAUAUGAUAUGAUGAGAAUUUUUCCCAGGAAUUCCCACCAGGGAAGAAGAAGUUCACUCCAUAACGUAGAUAACGAAACGUGAGGUGCAUGGUACUGCGAAGAGCUCCACCAGCUCGCAGCUUCCCAACCCGACUAGCAUUGCGAUACUCGACGAAAGUGAGGGAGAAAAAAUAAACCCCCGGAAAAAAGGAAGAACAAGUGUCUGUGCGAUGUUUCGAAUGUGCGAUACUCCGGUAACCGUGAAGAAGAUAAAUGGAAAAAGCAUAUAAACGACCGGUUGUGUGACGGGAAAGAAAGAAAAAAAAAACGAAAUACAAAGGACCAGCGCAAGUGAAGAAGCGCCAUACCGUUCCCUCUCCAAAGGGAAAAAGUUGUACAAAUGUGGGAAAAUCCUUCGAAUUGCGUGUGAUGAUAACAAAGAGAUGUGUAACGAGUGCAGUGCGGAAGAAGGACGACGGCGACGACGGGUGAUUUAAGGCAUCAGGACCGACACACUCAGCUAGUAAAACUCCUGUUGACUAAGCAGUUCAGCGUGCGACUAAAGAAGAACCAGACCAAAUCCAGAAGAUUAAGAUCAGCGUGUGAACGGUCUGGGGAAAAAAAACAAAAGCUUCCGAACGCACACCGGAAGCGCGGAUGACUAAUACCGUUCCGCACAUCCAGUCAGUGCAGUGGUAGCCAGCCACCAGGCAGCGGGGGAAGGAUUGAUCGGUGAAAAGAAUUGGACGGCCCGAUUGCUUUCGUUCGGCGGCACGCUUUGGCACCGGCGCCGGCAGCAACAAAACGACCACUUCCCACAACAGGUGGCCACCGCAAACCACCGCCGCCAUCAUCCACCGUCGUCGUCGCCGCGCGUCUUCUAAUAGCUCUGCGACAGCCACGGCAAACUGCUGCUCCUGCAGCUGCACCUGUCUGUGGUUGCGAUCGUGCAGCGGCCAAAGAUUUCCCCCGGGAUCAUCAACCGUCGCCUCCGCCACUGUCCACCGAAUCUCCUAGGCCCACCGUCGUCGGCGUCGACGGUCACAAUCAUCCGGACCACCACGCUCAACGCUAGGUCGGCCGUGCGCCGGAAGAAACGUCGAAGACGGAAGAAAAGCAGUGGCCACCAUGGGCCACUGUCAAGUGGCAAUAUCCCGAGCAACUAGUUUCCCCAUGUAGUCGCGGACAGCGCUCUGCGUGUUAAUCGAAAUAACGUGUCUCUACGUUGGUGUAAAGUUUUUCAGUUUUUUGAAGUCUUCGUACGUGUUCGUGUUUCGUUCGUUAGUGGUGUAAAUUUCGGGGCGCGGAAGAAGUCCGGCGCGCGCGUGUGUGUGUUUUUUGCUGUUUGACCACGCAAAUUUUUCACAAGCCGAUUCCCCUGGGAGCCGACAGGAGCAAAAAUUUCAUGCGGAAAAUCGGAAUUUCGGAAUAAAACGGGUAUUUUAAGGAAAAAAAAUCAUGUUGCUGAUGGGCACCUGAUUGCAACAGCCAAUAAGCGUAAUGGAGAGUAAUCAAAUCAAGUAAUCACCUAUAACUAUCUAUCGAAGUAAUGAUAUACGUGAGCACACCAGCAGCGAUCAGUUGAUUAAUUUGUAGAACCUGAAUCUACGCUUUGUGUAUAAUAGAAAUAGUAUACUAGCAAAUCGGAAUUUGACCAGAAAUACUGUGUGCGUAAGUCUACCUUAUAAGAAGAAGUAUUUUAGCGUCAUAUUGUGUCUAAACUUAACGUUUCUUUCUAUCGCACACAUAGUCAUUGUUUCAAGCAUAGGAAUUCUAAUUGAAUGGACAUAAGAUAUAGUUGUAUCACAUAAUCAGUUCGAUUCAAGUGCAAUAUUCUCAUAAGCUACAAUACAAGAAGAAAUACAAACCGAAGAAACAAACCAUCAUGUGGGACCAGCCAAUUACGCCACCGCCAUUUGAUCAGUCGAUUCUUCUACAACACUAAACAGCUGAACUACAAUCUCCGAGUUACAGCUAAGCGCAACAUUAAAUACCACUCGCCGCAAUGGAUUACCCCAUGGUAGCGACCGGGAACAUCUCCCAAGAGGACUUCCUCGCCAUAGUCGGCGGGAACUCGUCCCUAGCGGGCCUUGGCCUGCACGGCGGGUCCGCAACGAACGCCCUGAACGAUACGCUCGGUGGUGUGAUAGCCACCGGCGACAACCGAACACUCUUCCACGGCUACCCAAGCGGAUACACACUGCCGCACAUCAUCAUCGCUUCAAUUAUCGUGACAAUACUAAUGAUAGUCAUCGUAGUCGGUAACAUGCUGGUGAUCAUAGCCAUUGCCACCGAGAAGGCACUCAAGAACAUCCAGAACUGGUUCAUAGCGUCGCUGGCGGUGGCGGACUUCUUCCUGGGCUUGGUGAUCAUGCCCUUCUCGCUGGCCAACGAGCUGAUGGGCUACUGGAUCUUUGGGAAUUGGUGGUGCGAUAUCCAUUCGGCGAUGGACGUACUGUUGUGCACCUCGUCGAUCAUGAACCUGUGCCUGAUCUCGCUGGAUCGGUACUGGAGCAUCACGAAGGCGAUCGAGUAUCUCAAAUCGAGGACACCGGGCCGGGCGGCGUUUAUGAUCGCAGCGGUUUGGAUCAUGUCGGCGCUGGUGUGCAUACCGCCGCUGCUGGGCUGGAAGGCGCCACGUCCGGAGGAGCACGUCGAGCUGCCGCAAUGUCAGGUAUGUAUCAAGGACUGCGAAUCUAUAAAUAUAAACAAAGACGAAUGAACAAAAUCGUUGCGUUUUGAGAACAUCUUUCGAAUUUUCUGAGCAAUCUUGUCGAAUCAGGUAACAAAAUUAUGCUUUGAUAACCACAAAAAAUACUUUAUUCAAUGUGUACUGGCCGUUCCGGCACUGGCUUUCUUUCACCUCACUUCUAAAUUACUGACACUAACAAAAUAUUCAAAAAUCGUUAAUCACUUCAUUUCCUAUGUACGUUUCUAUGUUUGUUCAUUUUCCU